UCUUUGCUACCGCUUAGUUUUAUUCGAACAUAUGUAAGAGAAACUCUUUGAAGCGAAAUUAUGGCUCAGUUGGAAACUAAUUAUAAUAUUUCGGAAAUGGCAAAUUUCACAGAUACACAAAAGACAAAAUGGUUAUUAAUAUCUGCGCCGAUACCAGUAUUUUUUAUAUCUAUAGUUUAUCUUUAUAUCGUUUACAUUGCUGGUCCACAACUCAUGAAAAAUAGACAACCGUAUUCGUUGAAAACGUUUAUACAGUGUUACAAUUUUUUUCAAAUUAUUACAAAUGCUUGGUUAGUGUUUAAUAUGAUGACAUAUGGUAAACCAAUUACUGCUAUAUGGAGAUUUUGCGAUUCACUCGAUGAACUUUGCGAUGACAAUAGUGAAAAGGUGUUUGAAAUAUUAUGGUGGACACUAAUGCUUAAAUUGUUUGAUUUCACUGAAACUGUAAUCUUUGUUUUGAGGAAGAAAGACCACCAAAUCUCAUUUUUACAUAUUUACCAUCAUGUUACCACAUUUAUCUGUAAUUGGUUGGGACUUAGUUACUUCAAUUAUGGUUUUCUCAUGACUAUAAUGUUGCUCAAUUGUUCUGUACAUGUUGUAAUGUAUUUCUAUUAUUUUCUGAGCACUUUUGGAUCGAGCAUGCAACGAUUUCUUCUAAUCAAGAAGUUUGUUACUAUUUUACAAAUGACACAUAUUGCAUUCAUUGUGGUAAUUUCUACACAAGGUUUUAUAUCCAGUUGCAAUACCAAGAUAAUAUACUUCUCUACAAUAAUACUUAUUAAUGGCAUGGUAAACUUGUUAUUCUUUUACAAUUUCUUUUAUCAUUCUUAUAGGAAGUCGAAAACAGCUUAA